AUGAUUAUUCUUCGUUUAUUCUACUUAGUAUCUCCGAGUAUUCAAUCUCAUAUAACAAAUUCACCAGAAGAUGAACCAUUAUCGACUGGUACAAUUUUACAUAAUGAAAAUAAUGAACAAAAUCAUUCUAUAUUAUCAUUUCCUGAUCAUGAUUCAUCUCCAUCACAAGUAUCAGAACAAUUAAUUGAUAAUAAUAAUCAAUUGAAAUUAGACGCACAAAUACUUGUUGAUGAUUCAAUUCAAAAUGCACAAGAAAAAUAUCAACGAAUAUUACGAAUGAGUAUUGAUCAAGAUCCACAAAACAUUACAUUAGAUACAGUUAAACAAAUAACUCCUAAUAAACCAAAAUCAGUAGUUAUAUCAGAUGAAUCAAAUACACAACAAUUUUCCAAUGACAAUACAUUGUGUCAAGAACUUUGUAAUAAACUCAAUCUGUCAGAUUCUAAUCAAAUUACUGAAAUUAUUCAUAUACUUGCGUUAAAUGCACCACAUAUUCUCAAAGAACACUAUUCAAAUAAAAAUAUUUUAAGUAGUAAUUUAAAUGCAAACGAAGAAAAUGAAAAUACUUUAUAUAAACAAUUAUUACUUCAUCCACCAUUUAAACCAAAGCGAUUGAUUCAUUUAUGUCCCGAUGGAAGUAUUCAAGUCUUAUCAGCUGUUGAUGAUAAUUCAAAUGAAAAUCAACUAAUUCAUCAACAAAAAUAUCAUCUCAAUUAUUCAAAUUCAGCUUUAACACCAUCAAUGCAACAAAAUCAUAUUCUUACAGAUGAAUCUUCUCUUCCUUUGGAAUAUGAAACAACAGCGACAACUACACUUGAUUUAAAAACUAAUUCACAAUCUCAUUCAAAAAAUGAAAUUCAUUUUGAUCAUUUAAUUAUAGAUAAUAAUUCAAUAUUAUCUCUUCAACAAAAAAAGACAAUAUUUAAAUAUGAUAGUUCAUUAGGAUACUCAUCAACACAUGCGAAUGAAGUUCAACUUAAUAAUAAUCAUACAAAAAUCAUUUCUCAAGAUAGUGAUCCAAUAGUAAUGAUUAAUCUUGAUCUUCAAGAUGAAAUAAUGGAAAUAAAUAAUAGAGAUGAUGAAAAUUCUUUACCAGAACUUUUUUUCAAACGCAUUAUUGCACAUGAAAGUAAGCGUCUAUUGAUAAAUGAAUAUAAUUAA